AUGGAGUCCCCGACUGGCAACGAGAGCGCCCGCCUGGUCAGCCCACGAGCCGGCCCCGCCGACGGCAGCCUGCGCCUUAAGAGGUACCGCCGGCCCCGGCACCCCAUGGCCCCGGCACCUGCGCCUCUGGCACUCCUAGCACCCCGGCACUCCCAGCCCCUUGCCCUCCCUGGCACCGCUACCCCCGGCACCCCGGCACCCCCUGCUAGCGCCACCUCCCCGUACCCCCGGCAGCUCCUGGCACCGCCACCUCCAUCCUUCCCGGUAUCUGCAACCCUCGACCCCCCGCACGCUCACCGCCUCCCCAUUACCCGGCAUCUCCGUCACCCCCAUCACCCCCGGCUACCCCCGCCCUCCGGCACUGGCACUCCGGGCAGUGCUAGCUCCCACCACUCGGGACCCUCAAGCCCUCGCUCCCUCACCCCCAGCCCCGGCCUGGGGAGGCUCCAGGCCCGCCGGCAGCUCAGCAUCGCCUGCACCAUCUGCUGCGUCUUCAUGGUUGGGGAGGUGAUAGGUGGGUACCUGUCCCACAGCCUGGCCAUCAUGACGGAUGCAGCCCAUCUGCUGACCGAUGUAGGCAGCAUGGCCGUCAGCCUCUUCUCCCUCUGGGUCUCUACCCACCCACCCACCAGGACCAUGAGUUUUGGCUGGCACCGCUCAGAGACACUGGGUGCACUGGCCUCUGUCCUCUCCAUCUGGGUGGUCACUGGGGCUCUGGUCUACCUGGCAGCCGCCCGCAUUGUCAGCAACGACUACGAGAUUGAGGCUCAAGCCAUGCUGGCCACGGCUGCCAGCGCUGUCGGCAUCAACCUGAUCAUGGCAUACAUCCUGCACCAGUCCCCUGCCGGCCAUGGGCACAGCACAGGGGGUUACGAGCACCUGGAGAGCACUGGGGGCUGCCUGCCUGGCCAUGCCCCCCUGCCCGGCAGCACCAGCGUCCGAGCCGCCUUUGUCCACGUGGUGGGUGACCUGCUGCAGAGCAUUGGUGUCCUCGUGGCUGCCACCAUCAUCUACUUCAAGCCCCAGUGCAAGAUCGCAGACCCCAUCAGCACCCUCUUCUUUGCCAUCUUUGUCCUCGGCUCCACCUUCACCAUCCUCAGGGAUGUCUUCAGAGUCCUCAUGGAAGGGACACCACGAGGCAUCGAGUUCGAGGCGGUGAAGGAGCUGCUGCUGGGGGUGCGCGGGGUGAAGGGCACCCACGACCUGCACCUCUGGGCCCUGACGCUGAGCCACCCCGCCGUAUCGGUGCAUGUGGCCAUCGAUGCCAGCGCUGACCCCGAGAUGGUGCUGCAGGAAACCACCACUCAGCUGCGGAACAAGUUCAGCUUUGCCUCCUGCACGGUGCAGGUGGAGCAGUACCGGGAGGAGAUGGCAGCCUGCCAGCAUUGCCAGGACCCCUGUGCCUGAGACCCUUGCCCACUGCAGAGCUGGGUCUGCUCCUGAACCCCCACCCUCCGGGGCAGGCUGGGCAGCACAGGAG